AGAAUGCGAAAAUGUCCUUGUUUUAGGAAUAUUUUGCGUAGUAAUUUGGAUUAAUUUGGAAAUAUUUAAUGAAUCAAUAUAGUUGAAGGCUCCUGAAGGUAUAUAUUUCAAUACAGAGUGUUCAGAAAACUAUUCUUUUGAGUGUGUCUUAACCGAGUAUGAUUUUUGCCACCACCUGUUAUUUAAUUACCUCACGAUAAUAUUUGAGAAAAAUGAGUCAAAUUUCGCAGAUUGCUCCUUCAGCCCCUAAAAGUGCAGCUAAUAUAAUAAAAGAAGGUUGGUUGUAUAAGAGAGGGGAGAGAAUCAAAAAUUGGCGACCUAGGUAUUUUAUUCUAUUGGAUGAUGGUUCCCUUUUUGGUUUCAAGAAUAGACCACAUGUCACUGCCAUGAGCGAUCCCUUGAAUAAUUUUACUGUUAGAGGAUGUCAAAUCAUGUCAACUGAUAGGCCCAAACCUUAUACUUUUAUUAUAAGAGGCUUGCAAUGGACAACUGUAAUUGAAAGAAUGUUCAACGUUGAGACUGAACAAGAAAGAGAGGAAUGGAUUUUAGCAAUAAAAACUGUUGCGGAACGAUUAUCAACCGAAUACUCUGAUGUGGAAAUGAAUUCUAUGCCAUAUAAUGCAGGACCCAUCGAAAUAGCAGAGCCGGCAGCUGAAGACUUAUCAAAAAAAUUUCUCCUUCAAGGAACAUCAUACUCAAAAUCAUCUGGCAAAAAAAAGGUCACUCUAGAAUCAUUUGAAUUCUUGAAAGUUCUUGGUAAAGGUACCUUCGGAAAGGUAAUUCUGUGCAGGGAGAAAAGUACAGCUAGAUUGUAUGCCAUAAAAAUACUGAAGAAAGAGGUCAUUAUUCAGAAAGAUGAAGUGGCACAUACACAGACUGAAAAUCGAGUGCUUAGGAGUACAAAUCAUCCAUUUUUAACAUCUCUAAAAUAUUCAUUUCAAACUAACGAGAGAUUGUGUUUCGUCAUGGAAUACGUAAAUGGGGGAGAGCUCUUCUUCCACCUUUCCCGAGAAAGAGUAUUCUCAGAAGAACGCACAAGAUUUUAUGGAGCGGAAAUUAUUUCUGCAUUAGCCUACUUACAUUCUCAGGGAAUAAUCUAUCGAGACCUCAAAUUAGAAAAUCUGUUACUCGAUAAAGAUGGACACAUAAAAAUAACAGAUUUUGGUCUUUGUAAAGAAGAUAUAACUUACGGUCAAACGACAAGAACAUUUUGCGGUACUCCAGAGUAUUUAGCUCCAGAAGUAUUGGAAGAUAACGAUUACGGCAGAGCUGUAGAUUGGUGGGGUAUUGGAGUUGUCAUGUAUGAAAUGAUGUGUGGAAGACUUCCAUUUUACAAUAAAGAUCAUGAAAUCCUUUUUCAACUGAUUUGUCUGGAAUCGGUGCGUUUCCCGGGAAAAUUGAGCAAUGCAGCUAAAGACCUACUCUCAGGACUUCUAGUCAAAAAACCAGAAUUGAGGUUAGGUGGUGGUCCCGAGGACGCAAAACAAAUAAUGGAGCAUCCGUUCUUCAGUUGUAUCAAUUGGACGGAUUUGGAAAUGAAAAGGAUACCACCACCGUUCAAACCUCAAGUGACGAGCGAAACGGACACCAGAUAUUUCGAUCAAGAGUUUACAGGAGAAAGUGUCGAAUUGACUCCUCCAGAGCCUGAUAGGAUAUUGAGUUCCAUUCAAGAGGAACCCCAUUUUCCACAGUUCAGUUUUCAAGACUUAUCGUCAACAAUCGGCAGUUCAAGUCAUAUAGGCAGUAGCAUGAGUAGUAUAGCAUAGGUGAAGUGUUUAGAGGAUGACAUUUGAAUUCGAGUGAGUAGAUAAAAGUUUGUAUUGGUCUUUUUCAUCGGCAUUGAAAUGAAAAUGAGAAGGUAUAUAAUUUGUUGAUUAAAAGUAAUUCUAAUAGGGAAUAUGCAUAGAAUGUUUGCCUGUUAUGUUUUGAGUUUGAAGUGGAAACAUUUUAUUUUCAUUUUAUUUCGAGGAUAGCACUUCGUAAGAGAAAUAUUUCUUGAAAAAAAAAAAAUUUCUAAGAUAAGGUAGGAAUUUUGAUGACUAGAAUUUUUUUUUAACAUCCCAACAGAAUCCGAUAAGAACACAAGAAAAAAUUAUGCGAAUGAGUUGAAUUAUGAAAAAAAAAUACUAAAUUAAUAUAUAAACCACUAUAGUUCUGAUAAAAAAAAGGGGAUUUGGUGAUGUUUUAACUUCCAAAAAAAAAAAUUUAAGUGUAACAUUGUAAUGCUGCACAGGAAGAAAUUAACUUCAUUAUUCUCCAAGAUGAUUCAUAACAAGAUUUUUAACAUUUUUGUGAGAAGAUAAGAGUUACUGUUGAACGAUUGUAUUGAAUUUGGGAGAUUGUGAUACCUUGUUGAAUUGUCUUUCUGACUGUAUAUAUAAUGACAUAAAAAGUAAAGGAAUUGUGUAAAUACUGUUAUUGGAAAUGUUGAAAAAAGUAUUAUUCAUUUCAGUAAUUUCGGAAUCUGUAAUUUUGAACUUGUACUUUUUUCAAAUAUAAAGGGAAUUGAAAUUCAUUCGGAGAAAUCCAUCAGUGUGAAUUGUAGAAUGGGAUAGAAAAUAUUUAUGAGAUAAACAUAUAGUUCAAUGUGUUCUAUUUCUAAAUGUAACAAGUAUACUAGGUUGGCUGUAUAAUUGGCGAAAGUAAUUCAGUUAUGGUUUGAAGAUGUUGCUUAUAUUAAAUAUUUGAUUUUGUUUAAUUUACUCAUUUAAUUUGAGCUAUGUAUAUAAUGAUCAAUCAUUGUUUUUAAAACUAAUCUGGUAUAUCAAAUAUAUUUAUUACAUUAUA